UGGCAAAAUGUUUGCUCUUUUCUGUCUGCUUUGAGGGUUGGGGGAGGAUGGGCUUCUCACAGAGCCUCUCUCUCGGGCCUCUUGGCAGUUCCCCCCUCCUUGUCCCUCAUACUUCCACCAGAAGGCAGAGAGCGUAGCGUCUCCCUGACCCAUGUCGCUUGGGGGACACCAUACCCGGCUGAGCUCUCGCCUCCGGCACUGUAACCACAUCCAGAUCCAGGAGAAGUGGCAACAUGCACUAGCUGAUGAGAAUUAAGAGAAGGCUUAGAAGGAGAAGCUGAAGCCAGAGAGGUUCCCAUGGCAAUGGAUAUGAUCACCCCAACCCUUUCAGAAAUCAGAGGGGGGACCUCGGAGGCCAGGACUCUGCAGGAAACUGGUGGCAGCUUGGACAGACAUAAAGACCACAGCAGUGCCAUCUUUUCUGGGUUUGCGGGCUUCCUCGCCAUCCUCCUGACCACCAUGAUUUUCUACGGCCUGUGGAACUGGAAUAAAUUGAAGAAGCGACAAGUUCCUUACUUCCGAGUUACCGUCAUGCCCUUACUGACUCUGUCUCGACCCAGACAAGGAGCCAAAAAUAUUUAUGACUCCUUGCCCCAGAGGCAAGAAGACCUGGGGAGACGUCAGUCAAGGAGUAACCGUAUUUUCAGUACCGAGAGCCUCCUCUCCAGACAUUCUGAGAGCCCUCCUUCUGAGCAUGUGCCCUCCCAAGCAGGCAAUGUCCUCUGGGUGCACAGAGACCGUUAUCCUGCCAACGGCUAUGCAGUGGGCAUCUAUGACAAUGCCACAGGGCUCCAGAUGCGUGGGGACCUCACUCCCUCAGCACACUAUGUCAAUGUCACAGCAGCCAGAGACUGCCUGAGCAUUUCUUCAGAGGAUUCCAGAGAUUACAUCAAUGUCCCCACGGCGGAACAGAUUGCUGAGACUCUUCUGGCUUCUGCCAACGCCACCCCCACGAACAGUUUUGCCCCCCCAAAUGCUCGGAAGCUGGAGCUUACUGAGGAGAGAGAGCAGGGCUGUGGGAAUGCCAGUGACCACACCAGUUUUUGGUCUCCAAGGUCUGAGAGCGAUGAUCCGCUCAGCGAUGAGGAAAGUUCUUCUGAGACCUCAAAUGACUAUGUCAACAUGGCAGGGUUGAAUCUGGAGGCCAUCCGCGGGAAGCAGCCCUGGAUGGUUUCUCAGUGCUACAGAGAUUAUGAAAAUGUCCCAUCGGCACAUGCCAGUGGAAACCAGCAGCAGGCGGAGGAAGAAGUGACAUCCUCAAACACAGACCAUGUCGAAGGCAGGACAGAUGGUCCAGGGACCCACGUCCAAUUUGUCAUGCAGUCAGGGAGGUUCCUGGCUCUGGGGGAUUAUGUGACCUAUCCGCCAUCUGCACAGAAGGAGACUAGUCAGAUGAAACAUGGAGAAGAGAUGCCAAAUGAGGCCUCGGAUGACUACGAGAAUGUGUCAGCUGCCAACUUCGGAGACGUGGACCCCAAGGGGCCAGACGCAUAGCUCCUUCCUGAAGAAUUAGGCCCCAGGCACCCAGCUGGAGAGCUAUGGGGUGCCAGAUCCACAGCCACCACAGGGUCUAGUAAAGACCCUUGAACAUCCUUGUAUUUCAAUGGGUUCGCUCAGGUAGAGUAGUACAAAGAGGCCGAGAUACACAGGAGUUAAGGAAGUCACAAAAGCCAAGGUCUGGGAAAGCCAGAAAGGAAUUCUUCUGAAGCAGGGUGCUGUUAUCUCUCAUACCAACCUAAGAAUGUUUGCUGAAACUGCCUUAUAGGAUGGUUAGCAGAUUAAAAAUGCGAUAGUACUUUAGUGCACAAUGGAAGCGUGAAGUAGCCUAAAAGCGUUACCUUCACAAAUACCAGCAGGUUGCAAAGCAAGAAUGCAGAUUCGUCUGUAAUCCAGGCAGAGGCCAAAAAGAAGGGACAAGUCAGAGUUGGGGUGGGGCAGCAGCUGCCACUUGAAAAAGAGUGCGGACAACCAAAUGCUAGAGAAAGAUGUGGAACACCGGGAAUUGUCAUUCAUUGCAAAGUAUAGUAUCCACUUUGGAAAGCUAUUGGAUAGUUUCUUAAAAGCACGCAUGUAUUAUACAACCCAGCCAUUCCACUACUAGGCGUUUACCCAAGAGAACUGAAAAUUUGUGUUCAUGCAAAAGCCCAUACGUGACUAUUUAUAGCAGCUCUAUUCAUAAUGCCAAAACUAGAAAUAACUCAGAUGCCCUUCAACAGGUAAAUGGAAAAACGAACUGUGGUAUAUCCACACAACGAGGUUGUCUAUACUCAACAGGAAAAAGGAAUGAACUAUUGGUUCAUGUGACAACAAGGACAAAUCGUAAGUGCAUUUGGCUAAGUGAAAGAUGCUAGACCUAAAAAUCUACAUAUUGUAUGAUUCCAUUUCUAUGGCCUUCUGGAAAAGGCAAAACUAUAUGGAAGGAAAACAGGUCAGUAGUUGUCAGGUUUGGGGAAAGGAGAGAAGUUUACUAUAAAGGAAUUUUUAGGGUAAUGGGGCUAUUCUGUAUUGGUACUGUGGUGAUGGAUACGUGACUCUAUAAAUUUGUCAAAACACAAAAAAACUAUACAGAUCAACGAGUGACUUUUAUUGUAUGUAAUUUUUUUUUAAUUAACCAUGCUGUCAGGGGAAGCCAUGAUGGAAUGCAGAUUAAGACAAAUAAAACCUAACUGUCUUACGAA